GGCUGCAGCCCUCCCCACCCGGGCCGCGUCUCGUCCGCUUUCCCUGUUGUGCAUUUGGGGGAAGCGGGAAGUCGCCGCCCCCACAGCGCUGCGAGUUGGGCUGGAUUCGAGAGGGGAUAUGCCCUCUCCCCAUCUUGCGUCCAGGUCAGCGCUUACCUAUAGGAUUUAGUGUUAAGCCCUGGGCUGAAGGCGUUACUGACGGGCUCAAAGGAAACUAGUUACAUCGGUUUUGAUCGUAUUCUAAAUAGGCAAUAAAAUCAUAAAUUCUCCAGGCUGACUUAGUACUGGUCUGUGGCCCCACUGAUAAAGUUAUCGUUCGUUUCUCUGCCAGGUGUGUUACAGCACAGAGGGCUGCUUUCAGCCUGAGUACCUUCAGUGGGCUUUCGCCCUUUUCCCUUUGUGAAGAGUAGAGGCUGGCCGUUGGUCCUGGAAACACUUUAUUUUUAGUUGGGUUGACAUUUCACAGGAAAUGCAGUUAUUCCGUAAGUGGAUAAAGGGUUCUCAGUAAUUCAGACUCGCUUGGCUUCUGCCAUGUGCCGGAGGUGACGGCGGUUACAGUGUGUCAGAGCCAGGUGGAGAGGUAAGAUGGUCAGGCCCAGAGAAGGGAGGAGCCCAGGCUGGAAUGUGGCCUUGGGAAGAAGGAAGAGACGGGGUCUGGGAGGGCAUUUCAGAGGACUGAACAACACUAGAGGCGUGAAGCUUGGUGCACCGCUGCCAGGGACUUUCCUAGUCCAGGAGGAAUUGGGGAUGGGGACUGAAGAGAAAGGUGGUGGGAGCCAGACUGUCAGUGCUCCCGGACGCCAGGCGGAGGACAUCAUCCCAGACUUCAGUGCUCCUGGACCCCAGGCUGAGAACUUCAUCCCAGACUUCAGUGCUCCUGGACGCCAGGCGGAGGACUUCAUCUUUACCACGAACGUAGUGAUGGACCACAGAUGUGGACAAAUGUGGCGGGCCCUAGAACAAGGCAUAUAGAGAGUUUUACACUUUCUGGCAUGUCCUCACGGUUUCUGCUUAGACUGGUUUUAUCUCCCUUUCUGUUUUGUUUGUGAUUAGACAUAAAGCAGUCACCUUCAGCAGGUAAUUGAUGGGCUGUCUGCUAUGUAAUGGACUUCCAGGUGGUAGGGCCCAGCCCCGAACCAGACAAGGGACCCCUCCAGGAGCUUCAUUCUAGCAGGAGAAAAUUGAGAAAUAAGCCAGAAAGGUAUCAGGAAACAGUUGUACACAAAAUAAAAACAGGGUGAUGUGAUGUAAGGUACUGGGGGUCAGUGUGGGCGAUAACGGAGGCCUCUGAGGAGGAGGUCUUCAAACUGAGCAGAGAGGAGGGCUGCAGUGGGGACAGCUGCUGUGAGGGCUGGCCUUGAUCUGGGAACAGGGCUGGCACUGCCUUGCCUGGAUCCAAGGGUGUUCCACGGGCUGCCCAGUGACUCCUCGCAAGAGCCUCGUGAAGAAGGCACGAGAGGUGCUAUUGUCCCAUUUCACAGACUGGAACCUGAGGCAUCCUGGAAUAGCCUGUCCUGGUCACACUGACAGAGUGAUAGAGCCAGGAUCUGAAAGCAGGCUGUUGGAGUCCAAAGUUCACGUUCUUGCUCCUGCCACACUGCCUCAGGCUAUUUCUGGUGAUGUGUUCAGUCAGGGUGCAAGCUGACUGUGUGUGUUUGGUAUACGUGUUGUAUGUGUCAGAGAAGCAGAAUUGGCUGAUAUGUUUCGAGUAGGUUUUUUACACGUUCAGCUGGAGAGUGAGACGUUCUGAACUUUGCCUAGAGAAUACCUUUUGGUGGGAGAGCCGAGUAUUUUCUCUCUGACAUUACUCUCAUCACCUGCAGUCAAGUAAAAGCGCUUUAAUGGGAAACAGUAAAAUAGGGGGAAAACUAAGGAGCUACAAGACGAAGAAUGUGAUGAGUGUCUUUCAGAUGCCCUGGCUUUGGCCUAAAUAGGGUGACCAUUCCAGGUGGCGCAUUCUAGUGUAGCCUCUAUUUAAAUGUGGAGUUCUCUCAGUGGAGAGUAAAAGUGCUUCUCCUGUGUGUCUUUGGUUUACAUGGCUCCUGCGACCAAAGGCCCCUCGGUCUCCUCGAGCCGGCCUGGCACUCCGCACGGAGGAUCCAGGAAUGGUGUCAGGGAGCCACAUUCUGCACAGACUUGAUGACGUGGAGGGAGCUGCCUGGAUCACUUCCCCGCAUCAGUUGUGAUGGGAGAGCCGAGGCACUUGAGGGCAGCAUUGCGUCUGGCCCCCUCUGCCUUCCACCCGCAGGGAAGGUUUCCCCAGCGCUCCCAGGGUGAGACUGGAGGAGCGUUGGAUUCAGGAAGAUGCGUGUUCCAGCUCCUGCCCACUGCGGACAUGCUGAUGGGCCAGGACAGCGCUUUAGCCUUUGUGAGCCUCAGUUUUCUUACCUGUGCAUGAGAACAAUAAGACCGACCCCAAGGGUUGCCGAGGAACGAUGUCUUUGCUUUCGUGUCUGGUGUUUCUUAGAGCCACAUUUUACAGAUGAGGAAACUGAGGCCGGCUGCUGCGUGCUCACAGGGUUUGUUGAAGGCCUCACAGCCGCUUAGCACAGGUGGGACUUUAGGCCAGACUUGAGACCGGAGUCUGUUUCUCCUUCACUGGCCUGCCGAGACAGCAGAUGGGGUUGGCGGGGGAGGUGAGUGCGCCCCUGCCAUCUUCUCUAGCUCAGGGGCCAGCAGGCGUCUCAUCUUCUAAAGUAGGAGUGACAACCGGCAGGCCUUGGGUGCUCAGCAGCGCUUUCCUGAAGAGCGGCAGGUCCUGGUGCCGUCUGGUCCCAGGAGUGGGUGGUGGCGUAGUCAGGCUUGGCUUGGCCUGUCCGGAAGCAGAGCUGUGGCGGGACCUCGGACACGUGGCUUCCACUGUGAGACUAGGUCCUUCUUGGUGAAAUGUGGGUAAUGAUGCCCUUCACUUGGGCAUCUGGGAAGUAAGUGGGUGAACAGUGUGACCUCUGGCACCUGGGUUCUCAGGUGAAAUCCUCAGGGCAUCACAGCAGUGUGUGGAAAUAGGAGCAGAUAUGUUCCCUCCACUUGCCAGAUAAGAAACUGGGACGCAGAUGGAUGGACUCCCUGGAGUUGUAGGUAACGUUUUCCUGUUCAUGGGGUGGAGGACCUGGCCCUGAGAGGACAGGACCCUUCUGCUCCUGCCAGACCAGAGACCCAGGACAGGGCGUGGAGCAGACAGGGUGCCUGGGUGGGGGAACUCUGAGGGAUCCACAGAGGAUGUGGUCCCUGGAGGGAGGACGUGCAGUGCCACGUGCCGUAGACCAGCCAGCGGACCCCAUGGCACCAAGGCUGCUCCUGGCGCCAGUGGGGUGGACAGUGCCACCCACGCAGGUGACUGAGGUGCCGGAGUGGGAAUGAAAACGCGGCCUUGCCGGGCCCAUGUGUCUAACGCUGCCCUUCCCCUCCACGGAAGCCUGUGCACCUGCUUCUUUUUCCCGAACAGUUCAUGAUAAAAACACAAAUGGUAUGGACAGAACACUGAAUGUUGAAGAAACCUACUUGACAGUGUUGGUGAAAAUAGGGCCAAGAUUUCACACCCUCGAAUGCUUUUUAUUGAAAAGUAUUUUGUGUUUUUCUCCCAGUUACAGAAUGUCUGAAGGGGACAGUGUGGGAGAAUCCGUCCACGGCAAGCCUUCGGUGGUGUACAGAUUUUUCACAAGACUUGGACAGAUUUAUCAGUCCUGGCUAGACAAGUCCACACCCUACACGGCCGUGCGAUGGGUCGUGACACUGGGCCUGAGCUUUGUCUACAUGAUUCGGGUUUACCUGCUGCAGGGUUGGUACAUUGUGACCUAUGCCUUGGGGAUCUACCAUCUAAAUCUUUUCAUAGCUUUUCUUUCUCCCAAAGUGGAUCCUUCCUUAAUGGAAGACUCAGAUGACGGUCCUUCGCUGCCCACCAAACAGAACGAGGAAUUCCGCCCCUUCAUUCGAAGGCUUCCAGAGUUUAAAUUUUGGCACGCGGCUACCAAGGGCAUCCUUGUGGCUAUGGUCUGUACUUUCUUCGACGCUUUCAACGUCCCGGUGUUCUGGCCGAUCCUGGUGAUGUACUUCAUCAUGCUCUUCUGUAUCACAAUGAAGAGGCAAAUCAAGCACAUGAUUAAGUACCGGUACAUCCCGUUCACACAUGGCAAGAGGAGGUACAGAGGCAAGGAGGACGCCGGCAAGGCUUUUGCCAGCUAGAAGCGGGACUGAGGCUGCCUCACGUGUUGCAAGAACGGUUUUGAGCCAUUGUUAACAAUGCCUUUUUUCUUCACAUAAAGUAGUUGAUUAUGAGGGAGUUGAAUUUUCUUUUUAAAAAGGAGCUUCAAUGAUUUGUAACUGAAAUAUCAGGUUCUUGAAGAAACUGGCACUUAAACCAAAUCGCAUGGAUUUCUUUUUCAGUGACGUUCAAGUGUUUCUCACGGAUGGAAUUCUAGUCAGCUGCAGGCGGGAAGCCAGGCGGGUGGAGCCCAUGGGAGCAAGGGCGAGUGGCCGGUCCCCCCCGGUGCCAGGUGGGCAGGCAGGAGCGAGGCCUGCGAGGGAGGAAUGGGCCGCUCCCCGCCAGCCGCCUUCCCCACCAGCCACAGGUGUGCCAGCCACUCCACAGAGCCCGAGUGAUGAUCUAGCCUGAUUCCUGCGUGUCUGAAAGAGACGUUUUAAAGAUGAUUGUCAAGUAACUGUGUGGGGUUCUAAUGCCAGUUUCCUAAUCCAUCUCCCUGGAGAUGUUUAAAGUUGGCCUCUAUCCUAAUGACUCAAAACUUUGUUCUUAACUACCAUGAUUGCUUUUGAGGGCCCAGAAUUAUAAAUAUAUAUUAUAUUUUAAUUGUUUGAGAUUAUUUUGACACAUUUCUUUGAUAUGUAAAGAGUGUUUGGUUUUUAAUUUAAAUUUGUCCUCAUGCAACCCCCAUGAGGGGCAGCGAAGCUGGCGGCGAGCAGACUGGCUUUGUGGGUUCAGCACUCGGCACCCCACUGUGGGGGGAGAGGCAGAACCCACUUGCACGUCAGCUUUUUUGAUGUGAUAAAAUACUCAACAUCUUACCAAGUGAUUUUUAACUCCACCUUUAUUAAGGUCUUUAUCUAAAACACGACAGUCGCUGGACACAAGAAAGCCCAACUUGCGUUUGGCCUUUCCAAAAGGUGAACCCAUUUUGCCAACAGCAGAACAUCAUAGCUGUGGUCCCAGACAAGACACAGGUGCGAGUGAAGGCCUCUCCUGGGCCCCGGGCUGCUCAGGCUCCUCACUCUGGGCGGCGUGUCCUGUCUUAGAAUUUACACGGUGAAAGAUGAUUGCCUGGAUUUUCUUGUGCCAGUAUUUGCAUAUCCGACGUGGAGCUCCUCUCUUAAGAGGCCACGUUCAAGCUUGUGGGUCCCUGGCCCAGGAUAGCAAGUGCUGCUCCCAGGUGGUACUUCUGGUACUGUGUUGAGACACUUGGAUUCUUAGACUCCAGACAGCAGUGUCUGUCACUUUUCAUACCGUUUUCCUAAUAAGCGCUCAGGCCUAAGAUGUGACAGGAGGUCGCGUGCACUUGGCCAGAGCACAGUGUGAAUCGAAGGACUGGGUGCUGAGGGAUGGAGCCACGGUGGCAUCUGCCCGCCCAGCUGCAGCCCCCAGUGCCUCUCUUGGUGCUCCUCCCAGUUUAGAGGGUCACAGCCUCCCCACCCCAGCCCCUGGUAAGCUGACCUUGACUAUCCCGGGAAUACAGGGUCAUCCUCAUUCCUAAGUCAAACAGCAGAACAUGGUUUGCGGGGGUCUUUGCUGGAAGCCGGUGCUGCUGGCCAGGCCUCGGCCUUGCCGACAGGUCAGUAGGGAAACGUGGCAUACGCCCUGGAGGCAUUUUACACUGCGCUUUAGGAAAUCUCAAGUUCCAUUUUGUUAUUAAUGUGCCCACAUUUUGGUGGAGUUAGUUUAUUAAAGAUGCCUAUGGUGAAGUCUCUGGCACAGGUUAAAUACAAUUUUGAAAACCUGGAAAUGUCAAAUGGAGGCAGGAAAUGGGCUGGGGCCGAGCUGAGGGGCUGAGCACAGCAGUGACGCUGGGUCAGCAGGUUGCCUGCCCAGCGGGCCCCCAGGAGAAGGCUUGGGCGCCCCGGCAGCCCCCCAACCCCCAGGACCUGGCACGUGAGUGCAUUUGGGUCAGGAGGAGAGCUCUGUGUGCAUGUCAGGCCUGAGAUGCAGAUUUCUAUUUUCUGAAACUGGAAGCAGCCUUGAUGUGUUUUGAAGGUGUGUGCCAAAUGCUUCAGACGGAGGUGCUGACCUUGGUUGGCUUCUCUCUGCCCAGCUACUCUGGGGAAGAGCCUGACCGCCUCCGAUGGGGGCCGUGGGACUGCUGUUCUCACCACACUGGCUGAAGCAAACCGCCAGGCCCCGUGCCCCAUCCCAACUCAACAUGCACUCAUUCAGUCCAUUGCCUUAACACAAGCCUGAUGGAACCAUUUUCUCACAAUAUAAAUGAAUAAAGUGUCUUCUGGCCUA